AACAUGAAUUACUGUUAUAUUCGAAAGAGUUUACAGGCAUAUUAGCAAAUGGUAGUUGUUGAAUCCUUCGUGUACUGAGCAAGCGCAAAAUCACGUAACGUUUUUACAAUCGCGAAGAGCGAUCAGUCAAGCAAUAAUUUUUACCCCGCGAACUUCAAUGAACGUCAACAAAGAUUUGAGUUACGCGUUUGCUCUGAGUCGUCAAUGUUUGCGAAUGUUAGGUAUAUGGCCUGAUCCAUGUAUCCCUUUAAACGACUUUCAUCGGCCAAGCAUAAGAUUCAUAAUUGUUACAUGUAUUCUGAGUCUUUACGUGAUAAUGCCGCAGUUGACGAAUAUGAUUCGCGCUUGGGGUAAUGUGAUUCAUAUGGUCGAAUAUAUAGCCUCUGCCAAUUUCAGUUUGAUGGCAUUGAGCAAGUUGAUCGCUACUUGGUAUCAUAGCAAAACACUUCGAACACUGAUGACAUCAGUCAUGAUCGAUUGGAUAAAUUCAACGAACAGUCCUGAAAGAAAUAUGAUGCUAAGACUCGCAAGACGUGGCAGAAGCUUAUCUUCUAGAUAUUAUGCACUUGCGACAACGGGAGUCUUGUUUUAUAUAUGUUUAAAUCUUCUGAAAUUUUAUCGAAAUAUUCAUCAGCCUGAACGUAGACUGGUCUAUCAUUUCGUUUAUCCUUAUAAUUCACAGAAGAGUCCGAAUUACGAGAUCACAUUUGUCAUACAACUUUGCGGCGGAUUAUGCACAGGACUAAUUAAUUGUACCGUCGAUAGUUUCAUCUCGAUACUCCUGUUGCAUGUAUGCGCACAACUAAUAAAUCUACGAACGGCACUCAAUAAUUUAGUCGAUGAAUUAGCCAAUAAAUCCAUAUCCUCUUCGAAAUUUAAGGAAGGCUUAGCUGCAAUUGCAAUACGGCAUAAACAUCUUAUACGGGAUGCAAAGACAAUUGACAAUUGUUACAGCGCAGUGCUAUUUGUGCAUAUGCUAGCCGCUACUUUUCAAUUGUGUUUUGAAACUUUUCAAGUUUACACGAUCAUAACAGACAAAUUAGACGUAUCUGCUUUCAAAAUGGCUUUUCUCUUAUUUUAUGUCAUUCUUGUGUUAACGCAAUUAUACAUUUAUUGUUAUUCAGCUGAAAGACUCUUAACAGAGAGCAGUGGUAUGGCACAUUGCGUGUAUGAAUGCAAAUGGUAUAAUAUACCGGCCAAAGAUGCGAAAAAUUUGAUAUUUAUCAUACAUGGAUCUUCAAUAGCGCUUAAAUUAACAGCUGGAAAAUUUGGAAUUUUUUCGAUGGAGAUGUUCGGAGCAACGCUGAAAACAGCAAUGGGAUAUCUAUCUAUGUUGUUGACAAUAAAAGAUUUGUUGAAUCCUUCGUGUACUGAGCAAGCGCAAAAUCACGUAACGUUUUUACAAUCGCGAAGAGCGAUCAGUCAAGCGAUAAUUUUCACCCUGCGAACAUCAAUGAAUGUCAACAAAGAUUUGAGUUACGCAUUUGCUUUGAGUCGACAAUGUUUGCGAAUGUUAGGUGUAUGGCCCGAUCCAUGUAUUCCUUUAAGCAACUUUCGUCGGCCAAGCAUAAGAUUUAUAACUGUUACAUGUAUUCUGAGUCUUUACGUGAUAAUACCGCAGUUGACGAAUAUGAUUCGUGCUUGGGGUAAUGUGACUCGUAUGGUGGAAUAUAUAGCUUCCGCCAAUUUCAGUUUGAUGGCAUUGAGCAAGUUGAUCGCUACUUGGUAUCAUAGCGAAACACUACGAACACUGAUGACAUCAGUCAUGAUCGAUUGGGUAAAUUCAUGGAACAAUCCUGAAAGAAAUACGAUGCUGAGACUCGCGAGACGUGGCAGAAGCUUAUCUUCUAGAUAUUAUGCAUUUGCAACAAUAACAGUUUCAUUUUACAUGUGUUUUAAUCUUCUGAAAUUUUAUCGAAAUAUUCAUCAGCCUCAACGCAGACUGGUCUAUCAUUUCGUUUAUCCUUAUAAUUCCCAGAAGAGUCCGAACUACGAGAUCACAUUUAUCAUCCAGCUUUGUGGCGGAUUAUGCACAGCACUAAUCAAUUGUACUGUCGAUAGUUUUAUCUCAACACUUUUGCUGCAUAUAUGCGCGCAACUAAUAAAUCUACGAACGACACUCAAUAAUUUAGUCGAUGAACUAGCCAAUAAAUCCAUAUCCUCUUCAAAAUUUAAGGAAGGCUUAACUGCCAUUGCGAUACGACAUAUACAUCUUAUACGGGAUGCAAGAACGAUUGACAAUUGUUAUAGCGCAGUGCUAUUUGCGCACAUGCUAGCUGCUACUUUUCAACUGUGUUUUGAAACUUUCCAAGUUUACACGAUAAUAACAGACAAAUUAGAUGUAUCUACUUUCAAAAUGGCUUUUCUCUUAUUUUAUGUCAUUCUUGUGUUAACACAAUUAUACAUUUACUGCUAUUCAGCUGAAAGACUUUUAACAGAGAGCAGCGGUAUGGCACAUUGCGUAUAUGAAUGCAAAUGGUAUAAUAUACCGGCCAAAGAUGCGAAAAAUUUGAUAUUCAUUGUACAUGGAUCUUCAAUAGCGCUUAAAUUAACAGCUGGAAAAUUUGGAAAUUUUUCGAUGGAGAUGUUCGGAACAACGGUGAAAACAGCAAUGGGAUACCUAUCUAUGUUGGUGACAAUAAAAGAUUAGAAAAGCUAUAAUAGAAAAGA